AUGACAGGUGCCAUUCAGAAUCGCAGCAACGGCUCAUACCUUUUGUCUUCGAGUAACAAGGGAAGAAACGGUGGUAGAAAGAGAGUCUGGUUGCUGGUAACAACAUCACUUAUCGCCUCGAGUGUCUCGGGGACCUCAUCAUUCUCCUUUCACACUCAUCGUGUCUUUCGUUUACGGCAGGCUCUUGAUCUCAUCUAUGAAUCUGGGUCUGAGAUCAUCGUUCGACGAGCGAACCUAGAGUUCAAGGUCGUCGAUUCUGGUCAGAGAAACGAGCAGUGGUCCUACUUUAACUCGAUGCCUAACACAGCGAACACUGCGACUGUCUCACAAAGAAUCACAUUGAACGUGUAUUGUCUCGAGAAGUGGGACAAAGAAAAGUCUACCAAAGGACUUGAGUGUCUCGAGAAAUCAUCACCCUCCUCCUUUUCGGCCACAUCCGCCUUCAGGACGAGCAUUGUCAACAAGCCUUCUCCUGUUGACCGAAGAACUACUUCUGACACUGCAAGCACAGCUGACAUUGUGACUACUCCUGUGGCUACUGACCUUUCCCAGUCCGCUGACCUCGCUGUUCAGCGGUGCCCAAACUUCCAGCACGACGAAGACGCGCAAAUGUACAACAUCCGGCACAAGAUCAAGACCUUCCUCUAUUGCGGAGAGGGAGAAGAAGAAAGACCUGCGCUCGAUAUUUCCACUCUUGAGACUCGCAACGACCACUUUGACGUGCUCAAGGACCUGAACCCCCGUUAUCACACAACUGGCUGA